UAAAAAGUUAGCAUAAAAACAAGCUAAACUGAAAAGAGAAGUUUGCAAAUAAAUUGAAUAUAAAUAUUAAUAUUAUAAAAUUGAAUAUCUGCGCUUGAUACACGAAUCGUACAAAAAUGAGUCAAAUCUACGAUGAAGACAUUGCCGGUGUUGUCAUUGACAACGGAUCUGGGAUGUGUAAGGCGGGAUUCUCAGGCGACGAUGCACCCCGAGCGGUAUUUCCGGCGCUCACCGGGCGGCCGCGGUUCGAUAUUGUGAUGGCGGGCAUGGGAGUCAAGGACACGUACAUUGGGGACGAGGCGCAGAACAAACGCGGCAUCCUGUCGCUGCGCUAUCCCGUGGAACAUGGCAUCGUCACAAACUGGGACGACAUGGAAAAGAUCUGGCACCACACCUUUUACAACGAGCUCCGGGUGGCACCCGAGGAGCACCCGGUGCUCCUAACAGAGGCGCCACUCAACCCCAAGGCGAACCGGGAACGUAUGACACAGAUCAUGUUUGAGACCUUCCACACGCCGGCGUUCUACGUGGCCAUUCAGGCCGUCUUGUCCCUCUAUGCGUCAGGACGGACGACAGGGGUUGUUUUCGACGCGGGUGACGGCGUGUCACAUGUGGUACCCAUCUACGAGGGGUACGCGCUUCCUCAUGCUAUUGAGCGCAUAAACCUGGCAGGAAGAGACCUCACACAUUACCUGAAGAAAAUCCUGACUGAGCGAGGUUAUAAUUUCAUAAGUUCGUCUGAAACGGAAAUCGUUAGAGACAUUAAGGAGAAACUUUGUUACGCAGCACUGGACUUUGAAGGUGAAAUGAAUUCAGCCGCUAACUCGUCAGUUGUUGAAAAAAGCUACGAGCUCCCUGACGGCCAGGUGAUAACCAUUGGCAACGAGCGUUUCCGGUGCGUAGAAUCUCUGUUCCAGCCGUCCUUCCUUGGUAUGGAGAACGCCGGCGUCCAUGAGCUUCUGUACAACUCAGUCCAGAAGAGCGACAUCGACAUCCGGCGCGACCUUUGGAACAACGUCGUCCUCUCCGGCGGCUCUACGAUGUUUCCCGGCAUCGCUGAUCGGAUGAAGAAGGAGCUGGAUGCGCUGGUUCCCUCAAGCAUGAAGGUUAAGGUCAUAGCGCCACCCGAGCGGAAGUACUCGGUAUGGAUCGGUGGCUCCAUCCUUUCCUCUCUUACUUCGUUCAGUCAGAUGUGGAUCUCCAAGCAGGAAUACGACGAGUGUGGACCAGGCAUCGUCCACCGGAAGUGCUUCUAAACCACAAAAGCACACAAAGACAAAUGUUAUAUACAUUGAUCCGGAAAGUUUUGAAUCUUCCAGGAAUGGUCAUUUAAUUAAGCUUUAAAUACAAUGUUUAUAUUUUCGUACAUGUAUUUUAAGCGGCGUGCAAUUGUUUGCCUUAAAUUUUAGUGUGCUUGUUCACGCUGACCUGUUUGUGUACAUAUAGAGUUUGUAUAUAUUUAUAUGCCAUUUAUUUAUCAUGUAUUUAUCAUUCGUUUUGUACAUUUACCAUGCAUUUACCUGCAUCUCAUUUUAUUUUUGGUCUAUUAUCAUUAUUAUUAUUUUAUUUAUAUUAUGCUAUUUGCCUCAGUCUUUCAAUUCUGUGGUUGUCUUUUUUAUCAACGUUUGUGAUCUGCUGGAAAUGAAAAUGGAAACAUGA